GAUAAAGCGCUGAAAUGGGCGGGUGAAGUCUUCGUGGAUUUCCAAACUUUGGAAACGAAGAAGAGGGCGUCAAAAAAACAAGCUGUCCAAAAAUAGUUUUUCUCUUCGGUAGCAAGUGAACGUUAUCCCAAGGAAAAGUAAAAAUAACCUUCUAUUCUAUUUCGUUUCUCUUUACUUAAAUAACUUACGCUAUAGCCUAACGGUGGCCUAUAUUGUAUAAUAGAAUAGUCUAAAACCAUUGUUGUGCUGACUUCGGACAGGAUUUUUUUUCCUCAAGCAUAGUUUGAUAUAUCUUUAGGCAGCAGUAAGAUACACGAAAUAUUAACAAUUCCACCAACCGAACAUUUAAGUUUUCAAGGGCAUCAAUUAUUUUUACCAAGGAAGUAAACAUAUCAGUGAACUAACUGCACUAUAUAUUUCAGUGACAAUAUUGUGCGAGAAAUUAAAAAUUUUCCCCUUGUGGACACGCCUUAAAGAGAACAGACACCAUGUUAGUACUCCUGGCUGGAAUCUUCAUCUUCCACAUUAUCACCAUCAUCCUUCUCCUCAUCGCCACAAUUGACAAUGCCUGGUGGGUCACGAAAGAACUUUCCACAGACGUGUGGGGUCAGUGGAUGAUGGCCAAUGGAGCCUGGAAAUACACUGACAUUCCUGUCAGUGACCUUCAAGAUUACCUCCAUGCGGUGCAGGCCAGUGCAGUGCUGGCCUGUGUGUUCUCCAUCCUGGGCCUGUUUGUGUUUGUGGCUCAGCUCUUCACCCUGGGCAAAGGGCAGCGCUUUACCUUCUCCGGAGUCUUCCAGCUGAUCGCCUGCCUGUGCAUAAUGAUCGCUGCCUCCAUCUACGCGGACGUCUUCCACAAAGACGAGAGGAACGCCUCGUACGGACACUGCUUCACCAUUGCCUGGAUCUGCUUCGUCUUCACCUUCAUCUCCAGCGUCAUCUACUUUGUCCUACGAAAGAAGAGCGAGUGAGACUGGCCUGUGAGGUCCAGCCAGUCCAAACAGAGUGCUGGUGAUGGGGGGGGAGGGGGGGGGUUAAAAACAGGCCAAAUUCAUUUUUAGCUGGAGAUUAUUGGAAGGGAGGGUGGACCAGGGAAGGGAUUUCACGUUUGUAAUUGUUUUGUUGGUUUACUUUUUAUUUUUUAUUUGCUUGUGCGUCAUUUCUUUCUGUUUGAAAUACAUUUUCAGCCCAUUUAAAACAGUUUGUGGUGAUAAAGACCCAAACAAAAAGAAAUAGGAGGAUUUAAUGGAAUGACACUGAGAAAAAAAGGGCAGAAGAGAUACAAGAUGAGAACACGCUUCCUCGAGAAUGGCAACUGCUUUGGUUUCAAUUCUUCUGACAACCUUUGAAAAAGGAUUCCGAAAUCCUCUAUAAAAUGAUACGGUUUGCUAGCAAAGACAGGAUAUAAUUCUCGAUUAAACUGGCAGAAGGAAUACAGAUAAGGAGAUUUGGGUAAAUGCUGGACGGAUGCCACUCUUUCAUGCAUUUUCUCACAAAUUGUUUUGACAUAUCCUUUUAUCUGUGAGCAGCGUACAGCGAUGUGUUUUUUCAGGAUGUUCCACGCUAUCUUGAAAAACAUCACUAGAACUGAUCCGAAGAGGCACUACACACAAAACAGGCCUUGGGUCAGUGGAAGUCAUUUCGUUCAUUUGUUUUAUUCCUUUUUAGUAAGUGGAAAACUGGAAUGUCGGAAACAUUAAGCUAUUCAGAGAACUUUUAUGACAUUUAUUCACGAGGACAGAUACCCAAGGUUUGUGGAAUUUAUCCUAAUGUAUGACGUGUAGAGCCCAGUUCAGAUGAAACAUUCCCAAUGUGACAAAAUGGUUUUAGCCUGUUGCAGAGAGGAGUUGCAGCGGUGUGAACCACCUGUCUCGGAAUGUCUAAUGGUGUUGCAGGCAAGUCAACUCGUCUAAUUGCAGGUGGCAAGUUUUAAAACGUUGCAAAGAGUCACCAGCUGCAGCUCGUCAUGUCACAAAUCUUCGGUCUGAACUGGGCUUCAGAUCCACUUUCCUUGUGUAUAACUGGAAAGAACAUCAAUUGUCAGUUUUCAUUUUAUAAUAACACUUGAAGUAUCACUAAGAUGACUAUUGUAUUGCUUUUCUAUACAGUCUGUUUAUUUUGGGUUGCUAGAAUAAAUUAAAGAUGCGCAUAUUCCGUGAUGUAUGAAUAUUUCACAAACAAAUUAUCAGAAAAAUUUGAAUGGAAUAUUACAAAAAAGUUUCUAACUGGACAAUACUAUUUAGAUAUAAGAAUACAGGUGAUCGCCUGUUCUAUAUUUAUGCUCUAUAUUGGUCCACCAUGUUCAAUUGUUUUACACCACUGUGGUGUAAACUACAUACUGUGUUCUUAUUCAUUUUCACCAGUGUACAAAAAGAGGUUGAAAUAUAGUUGAAUUGAAGGUAACUGUUUUACGUACUGUAUAAGCAUACUGCUAUUCACUAACAAACGAACAUACUGUAUUUUUUCCAAUAUCAUUUCAAGGAUUAUCGUUUAUAUCCUUUUCCCUUAUUUUUCUGAUACAUUUUACAAUGUAUUUUUUAAUAACAUUUCUUAAAUAUUUGGAUGAUAUUAUUCUUUGUAAAAGCUCAUAUUUGUGACCUUUUGUAUGGAUGUUGGUUGGGCGGUGGGGGGGGGGGGGGGGGGGGGUUGGAAUUAAGGAAUCCUGUCUGGUUCUGUUUAAUUAGACUUUUGAAGAGUAGUUAGUUUUUUUGUUGUGUCUGAACGUUCUUUCCACAUUCUUAGUGUUGCAGAACUCUAGGAAUUCCUUUCAAUUACCUGUGAUUGUUACUUCAGCAUUAGAAAGUGCAGUUAAGAACAUUCUAACCAAAUAUUUGUGGUCAUACACCUGAAAGGGUUACCUGAUGAUGAGACAGAACAUUGGAAGAAAAAAAGGAAUCGCUGUGAUACAAAAAAAAUGUAUAUAUACAUUUAUCCCACCGUGCUGAAGAUCAAAUAUACUAUAACGCAACAUCC